AUUUGAUCAUCAAAUUUUCGAAUUUUAAAGUUAUUGUUAGGAAUUAAUGAAUAUCAAUUAAUAAUUAAUUGAGAUUGUGGGUGUGGAAUGUAUGUUUCGUGAAUAAAAGAGAGAAAUAAUUAAUUCGAUUAAUUUGGUGGCUUUCGCCGUAACGUUGGUGGUGAUUUUUUAACCCGACAUGUCAAAUGUCAAUUGGUUAACCUUGAAUUUAUCGCAACAAAUUCCAGUCCUCCGCCUCAAUAAUGUAGCAGUUUAGCCGCAAAAUCAGUAAAAUCGCAGCCAUGUCGUCUUCUGAUGUCUUCAACGACCUAACUUUACACACCACCCCUGAGAAGUUUUACAUCGAGCCCAAGUCGGAGGAGUCUUUGCUUAUAAUCGACCGUCCAUCUGAAACCAUCUCACUACAACGAAACGUCGGCCAGAUCCCAGCCACCAGCAGCCGCAAAGACUUCUGCGGAGUCCUCGGUUCCAUAACUUUGCUUGCGGGCCGCUACUUGGUCAUCGUAACGCAGCGUGAGUUUGUCGGUUAUAUAGCAUCGCACGCGAUAUGGCGCCUCGCCAAAGCCGAAUUAUUGCCCUACGCGCGCAGCACUCUCCACCUGACCCAGGAGCAAAUCAGCGACAAUAACACCUACCUGAACAUGGUGGAGCAAGUGUUAUCCACACCGUACCACUACUUCAGCUACAGCUACGACUUGACGCAUUCCAUGCAACGCUUGCACGACUUCGGCCCCGAUUCCUGGAAGCUGUCUCUCUUGGAGCGAGCUGACGCCAGAUUCGUCUGGAACAGUCAUCUCCUAACACAGUUCAAACGCCCAGAGUUUCGCAAAUUUGGGCUUCCCCUCUUGCACGGUUUCGUCUCAAUUAACCAGUGCGUGAUCAACGGUCAGAGUUUCACUUGGUCGAUCAUCUCCAGACGUAGCAUCACCCGAGCGGGGACUCGCUUGUACCGCAGGGGCAUUGACAAGGACGGAAACGUUGCAAACUUCGUCGAAACGGAGCAAAUCGUUGAAUAUCAAGGCGACCGCGCGAGUUUUGUCCAAAUCAGAGGUUCCAUCCCGCUGUUCUGGACCCAAAACCCGGAUUUGCGGUACAAGCCGCCCCCAACGUUACUAGAAAUCGACCCACAGGAGCACCACGCCGCCUGCCAGAAGCACCUGGAGACGGUGGCGGUGCUCUACGGUAAGCAGGUGUUGCUAAAUCUGGUCGACCAAAAGGGGGCCGAAGGCAAGCUGGAGAAGGCGUUCAAGGAUGCAAUUGCCACGCUAGCGUACCCGUCCGUGUGCUACGAGCCGUUUGAUUUCCACGGAGAGUGUCGCAAAAUGCGCUGGGACCGGCUGUCGAUUUUAAUCGAUCGUGUGGCGUUGGAUCAGGACGAGAUGGGUUUUUUCCUGAUGUUGAGGGACGGGUCCUUGUCGGGGCUCCAGGAGGGGGUCUUCCGGACGAACUGUGUCGAUUGUCUCGACCGCACCAACGUGGUGCAGAGCAUGCUGGCGAGGCGAAACCUCGAAAUCGUUUUGCAAAAAUUGGGGAUUUUGCAAAGGGGGCAAAAGUUGGAUCCGUACGGGUCGUUUGAGGUUGUUUUUAAGAAUGUGUGGGCGGAUAAUGCCGACGUUAUCAGUACGCAAUAUUCGGGGACCGGGGCGCUGAAGACGGAUUAUACGCGGACGGGGAAACGCACCAAGUUUGGGCUUUUGCGCGAUGGGAUCAAUUCGUUGACUCGGUAUUAUAAGAAUAAUUUGAUGGAUGGCUUCCGGCAGGAUGCGAUUGAUUUGUUCCAUGGGAACUGCGAGGUCUUGUCCCCGUUGAGCGUUGACCGCGGCUGGAGGUAUAUAACAUUCCCGUCUGUUUUUCUUGUAGCUGUGGCAAUGUUUGUGGCGUCGGCUGUCUGUCCGACGGAGUAUUCGACCGAAUCGCUCCUUUAUCUCCUAUUUUGGGGCUCGAUGAUGGCCGCGACGGCCUACACCAUCUUCAGACACGGCACCGAAUUCGUCGAUAAGCCCCGACUUGUGCAAACCUAGUCUAUCAGUUGUUGCUUUUAUACCGGUGUAUGUAUAUUUUGUUUAAAUUUUAUUUCUACCGUUUAAGCCACACAGUGAUUAUUUUUACAAUUGUAGCUAUUAUUACAUAAUAGAACUGUUAAAACA